CUAAACGGGAGAGGGAGUGGAAAGAAGGAGAGCAGCACAACAGCCUGAAUAGAGUGCUGUGUUGAAUAACAGUAGAAGAACAAGGAGGACAAAGAGAAGAGAUCUGCCAGAGACACGGAAAAACAUCAGCAAAAAGAAGAAAAAAGAACGCAAAUGAAGAAGUCACAAAGGACAGAGGCAAAGGGAAGGUCUGGCUGUGUUUUCCUUGCUGGGAGCUGCAAGUUAAGUGCGUUGUGAGUCCUUGCACACAGUCCUUGUUUGCAGGCUUGUGUCCGGACGAAGACAGAUGAUGACAGAACACCUGUUAUUCUGAGAUGGCAGAUUGUAACAGUUUCUAGCUUGCACGUGUUGGACCGUCUCUGCAGCAUUUUGCAUACCUGCACAGUGUUUGACCUUCCUUAGUCAGCACGCAGAGAGCGACUGCAGAGAGAAAAAAAAGCAAGAAAGGAGAGGGAGGAGAGAAGGAAUGUCUGCUAAGAAAAACACACAGGAAGAGAGAGAGUGUGUUAAAGUGGAGUAGCAGCCGAGGGAGUUGUUGGAUUUUGAUUAGUGUGCCUGUGCAGUCUGCACAAUUCCUAUAAUGUCAGACCUGUUCUUUACUGCAUGGGGCUCUUCUGGCAGUACAGAGGUAGCCUAAGGAUUGGAUUUUUCCCAGGAAGCUUGGAUCUUUAAUCAGCUACUGCUACUCAAACCUGGGUGCCACCCACACUGUUUGAUUGGGCUCCAGGACUUAACUGAAGUGGAUUUUUUAAAUGAAAUAUUUAUUUGCAUUAUUAAAUGCACCUUCAAAUGUUAGUGCUUUAAACCCACUGGAGCAAUGGAUAUGGCAGACAAUCUGCAAGGAUGCUCUGCCCGUGUUCCCAGAGUCGGAGACCUUAAAACGGGGGAGGUUAGAACGGGAGAGGGGGUAAGAAUGGUGGAGAGAGACACCCCACUGAGGCUGUCACCUUUCCGUAUGCUUCGAGUGCUCGACUCAUGCCGGCCUCCAGGAAACCGCAUUGGCAUUGUCCAUGAAAAUGUGAAAAUGGGUUCAGAUGGGGAGAGUGACCAAGCAUCUGGGACGUCCUCUGAUGAGGUUCAGAGUCCAGUGAGGGUCCGUAUGAGGAACAAUCACCAUCGGCGCAUCUCUAAUGAGGACAUAAACAAACGUUUGUCUCUCCCAGCUGAUAUCAGGCUACCAGAGGGCUACUUGGAGAAGUUUGCCAUGAACAGCCCGCCCUUUGACAAACCCAUGAGCCGCAGGCUACGACGCGCAUCAUUGUCUGAGAUCGGCUUUGGGAAACUUGAAACCUACAUCAAACUGGACAAACUAGGAGAGGGGACCUAUGCGACAGUAUUUAAGGGGCGAAGUAAGUUAACAGAUAACUUGGUCGCCCUGAAAGAGAUCCGCCUAGAGCACGAGGAGGGCGCGCCCUGCACCGCUAUCCGAGAAGUGUCUCUACUGAAAGACUUGAAGCACGCCAAUAUUGUCACUCUCCAUGACAUUAUCCACACUGACAAGUGCCUAACACUCGUGUUUGAGUAUCUGGAAAAAGACCUGAAGCAAUAUAUGGACGACUGUGGGAGCAUCAUGAGCGUUCACAAUGUUAAGAUCUUCUUAUUUCAGCUUUUAAGAGGUCUGGCGUACUGCCACAGGAGGAAGGUCCUCCAUAGAGACCUGAAACCCCAGAACCUGCUCAUCAAUGAAAAAGGAGAGCUGAAACUGGCAGACUUUGGUUUGGCUCGAGCUAAGUCGGUACCUACGAAGACCUACUCAAAUGAAGUUGUGACAUUAUGGUACCGACCACCAGAUGUGCUGCUGGGCUCCACUGAGUACUCUACACCCAUUGACAUGUGGGGUGUGGGCUGCAUCUUCUAUGAAAUGAUCACAGGCAGACCUCUCUUCCCUGGAUCAACUGUGGAGGAUGAGCUUCAUCUCAUAUUCCGCAUCCUUGGUACUCCCACAGAAGAGACUUGGCCUGGUAUCACCACCAGUGAAGAGUUUAAGACAUACAAUUUUCCCCGCUACCACGCAGAACCCCUUGUGAACCACGCACCCAGGAUAGACAAUGAAGGUCAUGACUUGCUCUCAAAACUCUUACAGUUUGAAGCAAAGAAGCGGAUAUUGGCUGAGGAUGCUCUCAAACACCCUUAUUUCAAAUGUCUUGGAGAACAGGUUCAGACUCUGGCUGACACUGCAUCCAUCUUCUCUGUAAAAGGGAUUCAACUCCAGAAAGAUCCAGGAAAGAGAUCCUCAGUCUACCCAGAGUCAUCGAUGGCCAAUAAACUAGGCUCCGCACCCUCGCAGUACUUCCAGAGAGAGGCAGCCAAUCCCAGGGCUCAGAGUCACAAUCUCUCCUCUACUUCCACUGGCUGAGUGGCCCCUACUGUUCUGCCCAAGGGAAGAGCAGGAGGCAGAGUGUGCUGUUUUAGUGCCGGCGGGGGCGAUGAGAUGAGGAGGACAGUGACACGUGGAGCUUGUCUGUCAGACAUACAUCCACUGACCCUGCCGCCUACACACUGAAGGAGUGACACACACGCACCCUGCCACAUAAAUACAUACUGACAGGAAACAAAAAAGACACACACAGACACACACACACUGCAAAAUGACAACAAACCCACACAAAACUAUGGCUGAAGAUUUCAUUCUUAAAAAUAAAGACUCAGCUCAAACCCAAACAUAAAAAAAGAGAAAAAAAAUGUGUGUGAUGCUGGAAGAAAAGUCGGAGAGUAUAUGAUUCUCCUUGCUGCUGCUACUACUGCUGCCCAGUACGGGGCAGUGUUCAGGAUGUGAGCUGACUUGGUUUUAAAACAGACCUUGCUGUAUGAGGACGAAGGAGUCUCGAACGGACUUGAAUGAAAAGAAAAGAAAGAGAAAGGUGGAACCCCGACUUUCUCUUUCAUGGUUUUUUCUUUCAGACUAUUGCUGUAUAUAAAGAGACUGAGCUGUAGAACUAGAAGCUUUUUCAUGCCACACCUCAGCCUGAAUCCAAACUCUAAAUAUUGCACCUCAACUCUAAACCCUCGCCUGAUCUCUCAGCCCUUUAUUACAUAACCCUUAAAUGCAAUCAGUCUCUGCUUUUCUGUCAUUGUCCGUCUUUCUCUUUUCUCUUAAAAACACACUCACAUGCUGACGGCUCACUUGAAAGUGUGUAGAUCUUUGGAGUUUACAGAGGUAGAUUUUUGCACCUUAUUGUUCAUUAGAGGUCCGGGUGGCUGUCAUUAUGAUACCUCAUCAGUCACUGAAGCAGAGUAGGACAUUAAGUACACACCAGUGAUAUUGAAAUGAAGAAGACCCAAACAGAUAAACCAAAAAACAACAAAAAAAAAGUUAAGCAAUUCACCACCCAUGGACAGAUAUAUUGCACAAAUCAUUACUGCAGUUAAAAACACUCAGCAAUCCACAUACCAGUAGUAGACAUAAAUUAUAUUUGUCACGUUCUUAUAUGCUGUAAAGAACACUACGCUACAAGAUGCUCCUGUUUCUGUACACGAGGAAGUUAUCGUUGAAGGACAGAGAGGUAAAAGUGUACAAAUCCUAACCUGCUUAUUAUUAGACACCUCCCUCCUCUUUUGCCUUGACUCAGAAGUUGUCCGGAUUUGUUGUCUGAUGUGCAGGUAUUAAUGUUGAGCUCUUCUACAAGCUGUGAUCAAAAAGUCCUGAGGACAUGUCCAUAAAAAUCCAAAACUGGCCAAUCUCGCGUUGGACCGCUUUCAGCGCAGUGCAGAGGUGCACAGGAAGCUGUCUCACUGGAAGUCCAGUUCUGUUAGCCCCAUACCUGUGCCUCCAUGAUUCAUGCCGGAUCUCCUUAAAGCGACGACCCUUCAUCCAUGGCGAUUGUGCUGGUUAGCCAAGACGUGAUGGUACACUGGUAUGCACUGCAGUUCAGAUGGAUUCCCCAUCAGGCUCCUCAGGACAUUACAGUAGAACAUUACAACAGGAAACUCCCAGUCUCACUCCUUCUCUGACACGCUGCCUUCAGAACACUCCUUGGUAAAAGCUGAAGACCCGGGUCUCAUCAUCAGGGUUGAUCCUUCGCACAAAAUCCGUGUCAGUUUGAAACAGAAGUUUAUAUUUUCUAUUAGAAGUUUUUAGUCCAUGGUGCAAUCUCAGAGUGCACACUGUGUGGUCAGAACGAGACUUCAGUGGAGCGAUCAAAAAAUAAGAGCUGUGAUGGAAGCUGAUUGGUAAAUUUUAUUCUGGUAAGACAUUUGAUUUUUAUGCACAGGUUCUCAGAACAUUUUGAUCACACCUCGUAUUUGCACCCAAUUUUACCUCUUUAGAUCAUGAGUGGAUCAUCCAACAUCCCCACUUUUUCCAUCCCAACUCUAUGUAUUUUUUUUUUUAAAUUUGUAUAUAUGAUCAUAUGUUUUACUUGUCAGAAGCAAAGAUAAUUCCAGGAUGCUGUUCUCAGUCUUUACAGUAGGUGACUGGCUGGGGACGUGUUGCACAUUCCUUGAGCUCAGGACUUAUUCCUUGUGUUGUUUUGUGGAUGCUGUGAGGUACAGAUGGUCUUGUAUGUUUCAUCCCUGAUAGAAGUGGCCUGAAACCCUUUGCAAAGCUGGCUUAAAUUGUAUGCAAGGUACAAUUUAUCAGCACCAACCUGUCGAUUUCUGUCACUCGUUCUCUGUUUAUUUGACCCAGAUGUUGAUGUUAAGAGACUAACUUACCCAUGUCUAUUCUUGUCAUCUCUCUAAGCAUGUUUCUGUAUUGAACACCAGUGGUUUUAAUUGGUAUAUGAAAUAGCUGCUGCUGAAGAAGGAAUACCUCCUUUAAAUUUUGCAUGAGACAUUAUGACCUUAUUGCGUGAUCUCUACACCAAACACCACCUUACCAUCUGGAGACCGUACCGUACACGAAGACAGAAGUGUGAUGUGCAGGCAGCACUGGGACUAGAUAGUUUGAAUGACAAGUCUGACUUAUCCAAUACGUGUAUAAUACAGCAGAAACUGUCAUGUAGCCCGUCUAACUGGGCUGAAUAUUUAACAGGACUUGAAGCGCUCAGACACACUGUUGUUUCAUGCUGUUAUUAUUACAGGCUGCCAUAAAACAACAACAAAAAAAGAAAAAUAGGACCAAAGUAAGUCCUCCAAGCACCAGGUGUUCAAGCACACAACUGUUUCACACACCAAAAUCUGCUGACAUGUUAACAUGUACUGUAUCUGUGAGAUGGCCUGUGAUUUUAGUUUGGAUUUUCCUGUACCUCGGGCACUGACAGGGUCAUUUCUGCAUCUUUCUUAAAUUUUUUUAAAACUGAUUCAGAAAAUGAUCACAUGUCAGUAACUGUCAGAAGGACUACUUAUUUUCCCAGAGUGUGACAGUAUGUAGCAUGUACAUAGAUGGUCCCCCACUCUGUAUAUACAAAAGUGUACAGGUUUGAUACAGCUAUUAACAUUCUGGCUUUUUUUUUUUUGGCUUUUCUUCAGUCAUAGCAAUAUUUCUGUAAUCAAUAAAAAGCCAUGGUACUAGGAUGGGUAUGAUUGCAUUUGUGUUUAUUUAGGAAGGCGUGAGAGACUGUGAAUGAUCAAACUGUGACAUAACUUAUCACAGGUUUAGUUGUUUUCUGUUUUACAUGCUGGAUCCAAAAGGCUGAAAUGAAGUAUCAUGUUGCAAAAUGAGUACAAGACACUGAUUAUUUUUGAUUGAUUUUAUUUUAUGUUUUUCAAUCAAUGAAAGCCAUAAAGGUUAUAUAGAAGGACAGACUUUAAGAAGCAAAGAGGAUGUGUACACCUAAUAAAAAAUUA